UAGGACUGUUGUUCAGGAUUAUAAGUACAUGCUUUAGAUGGAUAGAAAUAUUUGACGCAAGACGCAGACCUACCACACAAAGCAUAAAUUUCAGAAAACCCCUGAACUCACCCAUAGCUCAACCAGAUUAAACCUGACAGGCCAUAUUUUUUAAUCUGAGUUGAAUUGUCUAUAUAACGUUUAAGGCUUGUUGAACGACACAUUUAAUCUUAAAAAGUAAAUAUGUCAGAUGAAACAGAAUUUGAAAGUACAAACUUUAAAGUAUUUGUUGGAACAUUAGUUCACUCAACAUGGGACAUACCAAUGGUUAUACUAAAAAACAAAGUAAUUGGAAUAAAAGGAAGGAAGAUUGUGUUUAUUGAGGAGGCAGUAAAACUUGAUGAGCUACAAUCUCUCUGGAAGUUCUCAAUCAAUAAUGUGUGUCUACUCUCAGAUAGUCAGUUUCUUAUGCCAGGCUUAGUGGACACUCACAUCCAUGCAUCACAGUAUGUCUAUACUGGCACAGCACUGGACCUUGGCCUCUUGGAAUGGCUGGAGAAAUACACUUUUCCCAUCGAGUCAACCUUUAAAGACCUCAAAUUUGCUGAGCAUGCUUAUACCAAAGCUGUUCAUAGAGUUGUGAAAAGUGGAACUACUACAGCUUGUUAUUUUGCAACCAUACACUUACAAGGCACAAUUAAACUAUGCCAAAUUAUAAGUGAUGUUGGACAGAGGGCGCUAGUGGGUAAGGUGAAUAUGGACUGUAACAGUCCAGACUUCUACCAGGAAGACUCUACAGAUUCCAUACAAGACACUGAAAGGUUUGUUGAGACACUUUUGAAUCAAGGUAAUGCUAACCUGAUCCCAGUGCUCACUCCAAGGUUUGCCCUCACCUGUACACCCAAGCUGAUGUCUGCACUAGGGGAGAUUGCUGCCUCACACAACUUACCUAUUCAAAGCCAUUUGGGUGAGUCCAAGGGUGAACUAGAUGCAGUGAGAAGUAUGCAUCCAGGCUAUGAUAGCUACUCUGAUGUCUAUGAUAAAUGUGGCCUGUUAACAUCACGGACUAUAAUGGCUCACUGUAUAUACCUGACAGAGGAUGAACUGAACCUGUUGAAGACAAGAGGAGUGGGAGUGUCACACUGUCCAAACUCAAACACUAGUAUACGUAGUGGUCUAAUGGAUGCCAGAGACAUGCUGGAUAGAGGGAUCAAACUUGGUCUAGGCACAGAUGUAUCGGGAGGCUACCACCCUUCAAUGUUAGAUGCCAUGAGGCAAGCAAUACAAGUUUCCAACAUUGUUAGUUUUGAGCAUCAUGAGGGAGAAAACUACAAACCCCUAGACUACAGGGAGGUAUUCCGCCUCGCCACUCUUGGAGGUAGCCAAGUGCUAAACCUAGAGGACAAGAUAGGUAACUUUGAGGUUGGCAAGGAGUUUGAUGCCCUCUUGGUGAAUUUUGAAGCCCUGGAUUCACCAUUUGAUGUUUUUGAGAGAGACACCCUUGAGGACAAAAUACAGAAGUUUAUAUUUUUAGGAGAUGAUAGGAACAUUGAAGAAGUCUACGUUGCUGGGAAGAACAUUACAUGUAACAAUAAAUUACAUUGCAAGCUUCAUUGAAGAGUGCUCUUUAUAAACAAUGUAGAAUUCUAAAGUGGAAGUUGUCCCGUAAUGAUGGUGAAAUCCUUAAUAGCUCAAAAAACAGAGAAAAAGCCUAGCCUUGGACCAAGGAUGACCUUGAAGUCAGUGGACGGUGCAUAUGAUAAAGACUACUUCAACGUCCCAUGAAAACAGGUCCUAUGUACAUGUUUUAUUUAAAAGGAUAGGUAUCGAUAUGGAG